AUGAUGUUGGGGCGCCUCUCCCAAGCCAAUCGCGCGACGCACAAUGUCUACAGUUCCCUCCCCAGGUUCUACCAUGGUGGUGCCGAUACAAGGCGCACCAGCAUCGGCAGCAAUAGAGACGCAAUGGGGAGCGGCAGCGGCGGCGGCAUAAGACAUCUGCUUGGACGCUUCAAGGUACCACACAGGCCCAUCCAGCAUCGUAAGGCGGCAUCGUCAUUGGUCGCGUUUGGUAGGGGCUGCUGUGUUGCUGGUGCUGCUCUCACUGCUGCGGGACUUAUUGGGUGGGGAAUUCAGUUGGUGAUGCCUGAAAGGUCCCGAACCUGGGCUGUGCUACGAUGCGCGAACGCCGCAGCUACCCUUGCUGCGCUCAGCAUUGACUACAAGCUGCUCAGUUGGUGGGAUAUCAGCGGCUGCCACCAGCGCACUGCACGGCGCCUCGUGCGGUUAGCUGAAAGAAACAGAGGGGUAUACGUCAAAGUUGGGCAGCACGCGAGCGCUAUGGAGUAUUUGUUGCCCUUAGAAUAUACCCAGCAACUGCAGCGGCUGCAGUGCAACCUCCCCCCGUCUCCCAUGGCACAAGUGGAGGAAGUGCUCAAGCAAGAACUGAAGAUUGAAAGGUUGGAUGAAGUAUUUCGGGAGUUUGACGAGACACCAGUUGGCACGGCCUCGUUGGCGCAAGUACACUUCGCUGUGCUGGCAAAUGGGCAGCCCGUUGCUGUUAAAGUGCAACAUGCUGACGUGCGGCAACUUGCCGAGACGGACACAAGAGUUGUUGAACUCCUGACGGCAGUUGCUGCAAAAAUAUUCCCUGAUGUCAGGCUUGAGUGGCUUGUAGAUCUGCUGCGAGAAAAUCUCCCUGCCGAGUUGGACUUCAGAAAGGAAGCGGAAAACGCCAAUAGAUGUCGCGAGCUGUUGCAAGAGGGAUGCUCCAGUUUUCACUUCGGGUUGCCGCAGCCUUCAUUACUGCAAUCGAUCCUCAUCCGUCUCGGCGCAAGGGUAGCUUCGUAUUUUUGGCUUCCAAAUCCCCACUCACAGUCAGGAGACAACAGUGGCUGUCAAUCGGCAAAAACGCCACCGACACGACCGAGCGACGUGGAAGGUGUUGAAGGAAACGCUUCGCUUGUUACAGACAAACAGUCGCACUCUAGAACGCCACAGCUCCAUUCAAGGGCUGCUGCAAAUUCAACCGUCCGCAGACAGGAGGACUAUUCGCACUGCCUCAAUGACUAUGAGAUAGAGCUAUAUGUGCCUCGAGUGUACAACAAAUUGACUACUGCCAGGGUUCUCGUCAUGGAGCGCUGUAAAGGGGUUCCAGUGGACGAUUUGCGAGGAAUACUUUCUCAAGGAAUUCACCCUCUAGCGGUCUCUGAAGCGUUAUCGGAACUCUACGGAAGGCUCAUUUUUGACGUUGGAUUUGUACAUGCGGAUCCGCACCCUGGCAACGUCAUUGUGCAUCUCGAAAAGGGCUCGGGCUCAAGCGAGGAGCCUCGACAGCCAAGGCUUUUGUUACGCACACCGGUAGUUUUAUCGUCUCUCACCGGGGCGCAGGCGUUGAAUGCCCGGCGACUGUCACAGGAAUCAGGGCAGACAAAAGGACGGCUUCGUCUCAGCCUUCUGGACCACGGUCUAUACUGUUCACUUACUGAGCGCUUUAGGCACACAUACGCCAGCUUGUGGCUGGCCAUGCAGCGGGGAGACAUUGCAGCUGUGACAGCAUGCGCAAACGAGUUUGGCGUGGAUGAACUGGCUGGGUUGCUUGCUGUUAUUCUCAGCCUGAGAAGCGAAGACAGAGAGGCAGAACUGCUGCGAAGGUCGUUCCCGGAGUACUUCACCCGAAUUACUAGCGUCCUGCAGGAUAUUCCUCACGAACUCAUCCUCCUAAUCAAGACGAAUGAUUUGCUGCGAGCCAUACAGGGAAGGCUAGGCGUUGAUGAGGCGCUCGUUCUUUUACCUCUGCUGCAACGCGCACUAACUCUUGUCGGCAAGGACGAGCUGCAGGAACUCACUCAGCUACAGGCACCUACCCUUCAGAGCUGUGACACUUCUGAUGGCUCCCUCCUUCACGCAUAA